AUGGCCGCCAACUCGCCGCUUAAUCUCCAGGCUGUCUACGCCGCACCAGACGCCUCCAAAGUCUUCACACAGGAGAUUCCACCCGCGUCGAGCACGGACGCUUUCACCGCGAAACAGUCUCACCUGAUAGCCCUGCAAUCGCUCGUCCCCAAGCUACAGGAGCAGAUCAAUGUCUUCCUAACCGAGCGCAUGGAAGAAGAUAAGAAGGCCCAGGGCGCAGUGUCGGAGCAGGAGGCCAAGGAAGAGGAGAACUACGGCGAGGAAGUGGUCGAGGAGGAUGCUUGA